CUCAGUCGCUUUACGCGCGCCGCGGAAGCUCGUCCCUUUCAUCGACAAAUUAAAAAAGUUAACUGUCAAAAAUUGGCGGGAAAACCUUCGAGUGACAUUACUUUUUUUUUUAUUUAAAUUUUUUCGUGUGAUUUUUUUAAGUUGAAACAGACAAAAUGCAAAUCAAGGCGAGUUUAUGUUGGAUCCUGGCAGUACUCACACUGUCAUCAUGUCAGAAAGAUGACGAGAUCAUCAGACAAGACUUCGACGGUCCUCACGAGGACGGAUCCUACAGAUGGGCGUUGCAAACAUCUGGAGGCAUUUACCACGAGCAAAAAGGUGGUUUGGAGCCAAACAGCGCUGGGGAACCGAGUCUGCUGGUACAAGGACAGUACCAAUACACAGCUCCUGAUGGCCAGGUGAUCAACGUGCUAUACUCAGCUGGAGAAAACGGGUUCGUAGCCCAGGGCGACCACAUACCCACACCACCGCCGAUACCAGCCGCGAUACAGAGAGCUCUCGACUAUUUAGCGACUAAGCCGCCAUCUACCGACUAUUAAGAUUAAGUUAUACAUAUAAUGUUAAACAUCGUUGUUGUAAUAAUGUAAUACAACGGGCAACGGGCGGGUCGGGCAAAGUAUUAUUGUGGUUUUUGGACAUUCAUAGUUAUAGGUAACAUUGAAUAAUACACCGUGAAAUUAAUUUCUUACUAGCUUCUUCUUCUGUAGGAUUUUUUGGAUUUUUUUUCUGCCAUAAGAACCUUCUACUGACAAUAACAAACACAACAAUAAAAAUAUCAGCCAAAUCGGUCUAACCGUUCUCAUUUUUGUACGGAUUUCAUUUUUAUAUAAAUAGAUGUAGAUUUAUAAAACGAGUACAACUAGGGUUGCCACCUUUUAUUUUGGUAUUUAAAGUACAUUGACGG